AAUGGAAGUGCGUGGUCCUCAGAGGAAUCCCAGCUACCUCUCAGAUCUCUAUGAGAACAUGUUAAGGGCUGAAGGAGCCGUGGCACGAAGGCAGCAGCAGCCCCCAGCAGUCCAUACAAGUAGCAGCAAGACUUUUCAGAGCAGUGCCCCAGCCAGGGAGAGCCCCCAGCCAAAAAAUCAUGCGAGCAGCACCUCCUCCAGCUGUGACCCAGCCCUGCGGCCCAUCAUGCGUCGCCGAGCGAGGUCCCUGCCGACAUCACCCGAGAGGAGGAAGAGAGCAGCAGUGCAGUGUCAGGAGCCCGGCUGCCGCAUGAACAGGGUCAGGUUUGCUGAUGCUUUAGGCUUGGAGCUCACUGAAGUGAAAGUCUUCCAGACUGGGGAGGAUCCAUCCAUCCCUUUGCACGUCCUUUCCAGGCUCUCCAUAAACUCAGACCUCUGGUACAGCAGCUUGAACUUGGAAUUUACUAUGCAGUGCUUGGUCCCUGACUUCCAGCAGCCUGCAGACUGUCUGGAUUUCUCAUCCCGACUCCAGGAGCAGCAGGUGUGUCUGGAACGGGUGAGCAGCUCAGAUCUGGGGCUCAGUGGCACCAUCCAGGUUCGGAAUGUUGCUUUUGAGAAGCAGGUGUCCGUGCGCUACACCUUCAACCAGUGGGAAAGCAUCCAUGAGGUGUGUGCUCGUUGGAACUGCAGCAUCCCAGAGAAAAACGGGCAGGAUCAGGUCGAUGUGUUCACUUUCUUUCUUCCUGUGCCUCCAUUCCUCCUUCAGCUGAGCACUCUCGUCCAGUUUGCAGCAAGGUACCAAGUCAACGGCCAGGAGUACUGGGAUAACAACAGAGGCAAGAACUACACCCUCAGGUGCCGGACUCACCCCCUGAAGCUGCCGAGGGAGUGUGAGGAGAGCUGGAUCCACUUCAUCUGAGCAGAGGGAGCGGUGCCGAGCAGCGUGUCAGUGGCCUGGUGGCACUGUCCCUUGGCACGGCGCUCUGCUCCUAUGGCAACAGCCUUCUUUUUGAAACCUGCCAAACCUGGCCAAGUGUCCCAGGGCUGGGAGGCAACCAGUGGCCUGUACAAACUGCCCUAAACCUCUGGGAAAGUUAAAAGGGCCAGAAUCUGUAGUGAGAUACCAUCAUGAAGAGCCAUGUGGGUUUUUUGGGUGCAUGAGUCAUUGCAGAAUGGUUCCCAGGAAUGCUGUGAGGCUACCAGAGAACAAAACAACACAUUUCUUGUUGCUAAUGAUACUCUUGGUUGCAUAGAAUGUUUCUAACUGAUUUCUCUUACCAUUUUCUACUGUUUCUUUUCUGAGUGGAUGGUGUGGCUUAACUGGUUUUGUUUCUAAUUUUGUUUAUAUUACUUCACCAAGGCAGGGCACUAUUCCAUUUAUGCAUAAUUUGGAUGACAGACACUGUAGGGAGUACUUGUAUUUAUAUACCUAUGUUAUUAAGGCUGUAGUCAUGUUAAAUAUUUCCAUUAAUAUCUGAGUUGGAAAUUCAAUGCUACUAUGAGCAAAACAUACAUGAAAAUGUGCCAAUACUUGCUUUCGUGCCAGAAGGAUGUUGCUGUCUUCUGGGACAGACUGACAUGUUCUAGCAAAUGUCAGAGCUGAGUGUUCCCUUGGCCAGGUCAGAUUUUGUAAAGCUGAGGCUGUCACGAGAAAGGUUCAUGCCAGAUGUAGCACAGUGUGAGAGGGGUGGAGAAAUGAAUGUCUCAGCAGUCUCAGUUGGGCUUCUAUUGUCUUCCUUCCACAGCCUCUCAGGGUUUUGGCAUGUGCAAGGUCUUGAAUACUAAGUACUGAAGCAUUAUUCCAGGUUUCCUUUUGCUCUGUGCUGGUCUGAACUGCUGGAGAAGGGCUGACAGUGCAGUUCUGGCACUGCUGGCUCAGUGGAGCAGUGGAGCUGAGAGCCAUCUCCGGGUUAAGCUGCUAAAGCUUCACACCAGUACUGACACCUGUCACAGCAGAGAUGAUAUUUGCACUUAGGUUUUAUUGCCACACUCAGUAAUGAACAUCAAAUGGCUUCUGAUUGUCAAAAAUGGGAUUAAGCCAUUUAGUGCUAAUAUGCACCUGUUGUGAAGGUAAACUUACAGCACAUUUUUAUCUUCUCAGGACAACCUGACUCUUUGCACUGAGUUCAAAUUGAGCACUUCCCUUAUAAUGAGGAUUUUGUAAAAGUGAAUUCUUUACAAGGAUUAUCACCAUAAAAUGCACUUUUAAAAACAUGUAUUUAUUAUUGUCAUACAGUAAAUGAAUGUCACAGUUUCAAGGUUUUUCCAAGCAUGUUUUUUAAAGAAACAUGAAAUCCAUGUAAAUAAAAAGGCGUCACACAGUAUAUCAUUGAAGCACAUAUGUUGGACAGAAGGUCCACCAGUUGUAAAAUUGCAAAGUGCAUCAUUAAUUUUAAAAAGCAAUAAUAAAACUAUGCCUCUUGUAAUACAGAAGAUUGAAAUAAAAGCUUUUCACAAUUUUCUGUUGUUUCUGUCAAGAAA